CCUGUCCACAAUAUCCAAGAUGCACUGCAGGUCACUGACCCCUCUGCCCCCUUGUUAGGGUGCCUCUGUGCCUUCACUGAUAGCCCUUACUCUGUUCUGACUCUGCCCUGCAUCAGCUGAUUAUCCAGGGAGCUCUAAUACAGGAUGGGUUCUCUCUGCGUGCAGUCCCUCUGGCUAUUGUCGCUGCUCUCGGCUGCCCUGGCUGCCCUGGCUGCCCCGGCUGCCCCAGCUGCCCCAGCUGCCCCGGCUGCCCAUGACAUCUGCACUGCCAAGCCAAAAGACCUGCCCCUGGAGCCCAUGUGCAUCUACCGCAGCCCUGAACAGGAUGCCGCAGAAGUCGUAGACGCAGUGCCGGAGAAGAUUCCUGAAUCCACGAACCCCAGAGUCUGGGAACUGUCGAAGGCUAACAGCCGCUUUGCCCUGUCGCUCUUUAAGCACCUGGCCAAGGAGAGAUCCCCCAGCUCCAACAUCUUCAUGUCCCCCAUCAGUAUCUCCUCUGCCUUUGCCAUGACCAAGCUGGGUGCCUGUGACAACACACUGGCACAGAUCAUGAACGUGUUUGAGUUUGACACAAUCAAGGAGAAAACAUCUGACCAAGUUCACUUUUUCUUCGCCAAGCUGAACUGCCGGCUGUAUCGCAAGAAAGACGAGACCACUGAGCUUGUCUCGGCUAACCGUCUGUUCGGAGAGAAUUCUCUGGCCUUCAAUGAGACAUACCAGAAAAUCAGUGAGCUUGUGUAUGGAGCCAAAAUGAUGCCACUCAAUUUCAAGGAGAAGCCAGAGCAGUCACGGAUGCUCAUCAAUGAGUGGAUCUCCAACAAGACCGAGAACAGGAUUCAGGACACACUACCAAGUGGGGCACUAGACAGCACCACAGUGCUGGUUCUGGUAAACACCAUCUAUUUUAAGGGCCAGUGGAAAAGUAAGUUUGACAAGGAAGAUGUCUUCAGAGAUGAUUUCUUCCUCAGUGAUUCCAAAACGUGCAGAGUGUCGAUGAUGUAUCAGGAAACCAAAUUCCGCUAUGGAAGGUUCGAUGAUGACAAAGUCCAGGUGGUGGAGCUGCCGUAUAGGGGUGAAGAUAUCACAAUGGUGCUAAUCCUUCCUUUUAAAGGGACAUCGCUCUCUGAGGUGGAGGAGGGUCUGGAUCUGAAGAAGCUGACUGGUUGGCUUGAUGCCAUGAAGGAGACCACAGUGGCGAUGCAGAUGCCCAGGUUUCGCAUCGAGGACAGCUUCAGCCUGAAAGAAAAGCUACAGGCCUUGGGACUGGAAGACCUCUUUGACGCAAGCAAGGCCAGUCUGCCAGGAAUGGUUGAGGACCUGGGGAAUAACCUGUUCAUUUCAGAUGCCUUCCACAAAGCCUUCCUAGAGGUGAAUGAAGAAGGCAGCGAGGCGGCAGCAGCGACGGCGGUGGUAGCCAUCGGCCGCUCGAUCAAUCUGAACCGUGAACGUUUCAUCGCCAACCGGCCCUUCCUGCUCCUUAUACGAGAGUCCACGAUCAACACCUUGGUGUUCAUGGGCCACGUGGCUGACCCCUGCUCCAAAGACUAGUGACCCACACCAUCGUGACACCUGUGCCCAGAGCGGAGAGCCGCCAACAUAGAGAACAGAACGCGGCCCUCUUGUAUUUUGUAUCCUCUGAAAUGUGCUAUCGUCCAUGCUUUGUUCUUUAUUUCCCCUCCAAAAUAAAUGAACAGAAAAAGAAACCGAAAUGUAUCGUUUUGUGCCUUGACGGACACUAAAGUAUUCUAAAUGAAAAAUGAGUUUGAUAAUCACUUUCAAUCCUGGAGAAAUUGAACUCCAUUAGUGAAGUGCAGAAUUUGUUUCUAUACCCUAUUACAAAAAAUCUGGGGAAAAGACACCCCCCCAAAGGAAUAUUUUAAGCCACUCACAUGACAACUUUUUCCCAUUUAUGAAUGUUUUGGUUACAUAGACAGUGUGUUUGGGGUCAUUGCCUUCCCACAGGGUGAAGCUCUGGCCAAUGAGGUUGGAGGAACAUUUAUACAUAGUAAGACUAAAUCUGUACACUUCCUAAUUCAUCCUACUGCUGCAAUCCUCCGUUACAUGAUCAAUAAAGAUGGUAUGCUUUGGA